GCGAGUCGUAUACCGCUGCGCGCACUCUCCCUUUCUCUGUGCUUCCUCCGUCGACCUCUUUCUCUUCUAGGGUUAGGGUUUGCUAUAUAUGGAGGCCCCGGAGCUUCUUGACUUCGCCGUCGACGACGAGGAAGACGGUACCCUCUUCCCCGCCUGGGAGUUCGGGGCGUCUGACCUCCCGACGCCUUGUCCGCUGCCUGCUACCGUUCCUCCGCCCAUCCUUCCGUCGCCUCGGGCUGCGGCCGGAGAGGGGUCAGAGCCGGUUGGGAAGCGAGACCCGAGGCUCUUGUGCUCGAAUUUCUUGGAGGGACGGGUCCCUUGCUCGUGUCCGGCGGCGGACGAGGUGGAGCCGGCGGAGUGGGGGGACAAGCCGAUGGCGGGCGCCGUUGGAGGCGACCGGAAGCGGGCGAGGAAGGCGCGAGCGACGCCGGUGGCCGCUUUGCGGUGUCAGGUCCCUGGGUGCGAGGCCGAUAUCGGGGAGCUCAAGGGUUACCAUCGGCGGCACCGUGUCUGUCUCCGGUGUGCUUGCGCUCCGUGCGUGGUUCUUGAUGGUCAGAGCAAGCGGUACUGUCAGCAAUGUGGCAAGUUUCACAUGCUGUCAGAUUUCGAUGAGGGUAAACGUAGCUGUAGAAGAAAAUUAGAGCGUCACAAUAAAAUAAGGCGGAGAAGACACACUGAUGGUGUAUCCAUGAUGGGAAAAGAGAAGGAUCCUCAUGGAAGCCUGCAAAUGAACGUUUCUUGCGUUGAUAAAUCUAUGACAGAGAUGUUGUUUGGAGUUGCAUGCCACACAGAAGAAAAAGUCAUAAACAACAAACUAAUGGAGAGGAAAGUUCUACAUGAAUCGGAUGAUGGGUGUGAUACUAAAUUUAAUUUGCUUAGUGGUUUUACAACUAUUCGUGGAAACAGUUUUUUGUCCUUUGCUGCAUCCAGUGAACCUCAGAAUGAAGAGAAGGAUGAUAACCCCAAGUCCCCUAUUUCCUUUACCCUCUGCAACAGUAAGAGCACUUAUUCAUCUACGUGUCCCACAGGUCGUGUAUCAUUCAAGCUUUAUGAUUGGAAUCCUGCAGAGUUUCCUAGACAACUUCGACACCAAAUUUUCAAGUGGUUGGAGAGUAUGCCUGUUGAGUUGGAAGGUUAUAUUCGGCCUGGCUGUACUUUCAUGACUAUAUUUAUUGCCAUGCCAGAUUUCAUGUGGGAGAAGUUAUCACAGGACGUGGCUGGCUGUAUUGAAAACUUGAUUUAUGCACCUGAAAGCUUGCUUGUCAGAAGAGGCAACAUCCAUAUUUACCUAUGUGACACUAUUGUUCAAAUUUUGAAAGAUCAAAAGCCUUUGAUGAGCACCAGGAUGGAGGUGCAAGUUCCCAGGCUUCAUUAUGUUUAUCCUACUCUUUUUGAGGCUGGCCGGCCAGUGGAAUUUAUUGCCUGUGGCACCAAUCUGAAUCGGGCGAAAUUGAGGUUUCUUGUAUCUUUUGCAGGAAAGUAUCUGGAAUUAAGCUCAUGUCUUGCCAUAUCACAUCACGUAACUAAACCUUGCAAUAUCAAUGAUACGGAUCAUAUUUGUGAUGAUGAGCAUGAGAUGUUCCAGAUUAAUAUUCCUCAGACAGAUUCUGAUGUCUUCGGUCCUGCAUUCCUUGAGGUGGAAAACGAAUUAGGAGUUUCAAACUUCGUCCCUAUACUUUUUGGAAGCAAGCUUAUAUGUUCAGAGUUUGAGAGGAUAAGCAGAGCUAUUUUUGAUAGCUGCUGUUCUGAUGGUAUCUACAGGACUAUGAAUAUUGAUGCCACUUCAUAUUCUGACAAUUCUUUCGUUUCGAAACAAAUUGGUAUCCCAGCACUACUUUUGGACAUUGCAUGGGUGCUCCAGGAGCCUGGGUCGGAGAAAAGUGAACAACUGCUGAGUUCAACCAGCAUUCAUAGGCUAGUCAACCUAUUGAAGUUCCUGCUACAAAUUAGAUCUUUGAUUCUUAUGGAAGUAGUACUACAUUAUGUAGAUGGGAUUAAUUCGCUAAGCUUACAUGAAGUAAAUAACACCUUAGAUGGUGAUUGGUUGCUUUUUUUGAAUUAUAUAAACCAAGCAAGAGAAGUUCUUUCUCAAAGAACCACACAGCAUAUGAGAUCAGAAUCAGGUUCAAGAAACUUGAGCCCCUGCCCUCAUUUUUCACGAAGCUCCAGAGAGAAUGACACAAAGGAUAGUAUGCUUUCGGCAAAUCAAGAGUUUGUGAGAGAAGACGAAGAUAGUGUUGAGCUGACACACUCUCCCUCCAAUCAAGAGAAUCAUGAAGCUAUUUCGCUGGUGGCAGUGGCGAGAAAGCGUACUUCGAUCUGCUGCCAACUGCAAAUUGACGACAGAUGGAAGAAGGGUUCAUGGGGGAGCAUGUAUGUUGCUCUGGCGGUAGGAGUUGGUGCCUUCAUAUGCUUUGUAGCUUGCCUUGCCCUUUUCCACUCUCAGAAAGCUGGUGGUUUGCGGUAUCCAUAAGAAGUCAUCUGUUUAACCAUUAGCGGGGGUUUGUUGCAGGUAUUCAUUAGAAGAAGCCGUCUGUUUAACCAUCGUUAAACACACUAUUUGCUUUGUACUAUUGUUAAAGAUACAUAACUCAGGCUGGGUGUGUUCACAACAAGAAGCCGGCUGUUUAACCAUCGUUAGACAGACUUUUUGGCUUUGUACUAUUGUUAAAGAUAUAAAACUGCUAUUACGUUGUUUAA